UUUGGCACAAUUUACAAUGGCUUGGAGAACGAGUGAGAGAAUUUACAUAAAGAAAAUAAAGAAACAUUUCGUUUUAAAACGUUUCGUGUUAAGUGUGGAAUUCAAAUUUUCCCGGGCUGCGCUGCAUAUGUCAGCAUAGAAACGUCCACGUCAUAGCAGAAGUGCCUGUUGCGUGACAAACAUAUUGAAUGACACACGUAUAUGAUGAAGUCGCGCGCGCGCUAAUAUCACUAUAGCACGUGUGCAAAUAAUGGUUACAUAGCGUUUAAUGUUACGGGCCUGUGGUUUACGAGGACCACGAAAACACAGAGAGGAAGCUGUACCUUAGAUCCGGGUUGUCCAGGAUGGCGUGCCCUAUGCAGUUUAUCUGCAGGGCGCUGCGCACUUUGGGAUUGGUGCUUUUCUACUAUGUAUUUUCAAUUGGUAUAACAUUCUACAACAAGUGGCUCAUGAAGGACUUCCACUUUCCUUUAUUCAUGACCCUAGUCCACCUCACUAUAAUAUUCUGUUUCUCUACACUGACACGCUGUGCAAUGCAGUGCUGGACGGGAAAGCCUCGAGUAACACUCUCCUGGAAAGUUUACCUUUCUAAAGUGGCCCCAACAGCCCUGGCAACAGCACUAGACAUCGGACUAUCCAACUGGAGCUUUCUUUUCAUCACUAUCAGUUUGUACACCAUGACCAAGUCUUCGGCUGUCCUCUUCAUUCUCUUUUUCUCCCUGGUCUUCAAACUAGAGGAGCCGAACCCAUUCCUGAUCUUAGUGGUGUUGCUGAUAGCUAGUGGUCUGUUCAUGUUCACUCUCAAGUCUACCCAGUUUAAUCUGGAGGGCUUCAUCAUGGUCCUCUUGGCAUCUUUUAUUGGAGGAAUCCGUUGGACUCUCACCCAAGUUCUUAUGCAGAAAGCAGAGCUGGGCCUCCAGAACCCCAUUGACACCAUGUACCAUCUGCAACCCCUCAUGUUGCUGGGCCUCUUUCCUCUGUUUCUUCUUAAUGAGGGGUUGAGUGUGAGCACCACAGAGAAGCUCUUCCGUGUCAGUGAGGUCUCCCACCUGUUGUACUCUCUGGUGACGCUGUCUGUGGGUGGUGUGCUGGCUUUUGGGCUCGGCUUCUCUGAGUUCCUGUUGGUGUCCCGCACGUCCAGCCUCACACUGUCUAUUGCGGGCAUUUUUAAGGAGGUGUGCACUCUGCUGCUGGCAGUGGAGUUCAUGGGGGAUAAAAUGAGUACUGUGAACUGGCUGGGCUUUGCUGUCUGUCUGUCUGGCAUAUCAUUGCAUAUUGGCCUCAAAACGUGCUAUAACAAAGGAAAAACCCCUGCGGUGCGACAGCUUCCAGGCAGAGGCAACCCAGACCUUGAGCUUCCACUUCUGCAGACCAAAGACGACUAUUAUGAAGACACAAAUGAUGAAGAGGAGCAUGAGAUUCUUCAUUAGACUGAGGAAGACAUAUAAUGCCAUCUCUCUAUACUUAAGAGGGCUGAAAAGUCACAAGGAAUGCUCUCCUUUUAGACAGUCAUGUCAACCACAGAGUUGAAAAGGCAUAAAAAAAAAAAGCCACUGGACAUUUGUGGUAUAAUGCACUAGGGUAUAUCUCUGUAGUAUGUGUUUCUGUUAUACUAAGGAAACAGAGAAAAUCUUUUCUCUUUGGUAGAAACUCUAAGAGUUACUUGAGUGAUUUAAAAACUGCUUGUGGCCUCAGCACAGGACUAAUUCCCCAAGUGGCCUUACUCAUUUCUGUUUACGUGACAAUAAAGGACUUAUUUUACUAAAGAUCAAUUAUUUAUCAGUACCCUGCAAUAAUUACUUAUUAUCAACUAUAGAAUGUGAGUGAGUUAUUUGCACAUGUUUUGCAAUAUAAUGCAUGAACAUUGAUUCCUUUUACUUUAUGCACAGCAGACUUAUAAAUGCCGUUUGUUUACUUUGGUUUAUCAUCAUUCAGCCAAUUUCUGUCAGCCUGGUGAGAGGGAGGCAGUGUUCAACAAAGCAGAUUUUAUUAUUAGUUUAGUUUAUUUUGAGUUUUCUUGUAGAGGGAAGAAAGUUUGCAAAUCCACCAAACAUUGACAUGUUUUUUUAAUUUUGUUUAGUAAUAUUUUUUUUUUACCAGGAAAGUUCUGCUAUAAAAAGUUAUACAUGUCCAGCAACAUCUAGAUGAAAUAUCUGGACAUAAACAUAGCUUAUUGAAAUUAUGGGUGUAUAGCAUGGAUCUAUAAAGAGGAAAGUUUCCCUAGUCUCUGAAAGAUAUCAAUGAAAUGGGUUCUGGAUCCAUGAGAUGUGUAAAGGUUGGUUUGGAGGCACUUUGAUCUAAUAUUUAAUAAUUUUUGAAAUGUUGCAAAUUAAAAUUGCUGACAUGUAAUUUAUUUUUAGACGAAAUUUAAAAAAAAAACAAUUUCAAUGUGAUGAAACCAAAGGUUUUUCAAUUACUGUCCAAUAUGUGAAAGGAUUGUAUUGGAGUGUCUGUUGCAGUGGCUAAAGGCCCCUAUUAAACAUUGUUUUUCUUAA